ACCGAGAACACAUACAAAAUCAUCAUAGAGAGGACCUCUCUCCCUCUCUGUUGUUUUCUGUGUGAAUCUUUUUCCCUAUUAUACCCUCCUGUCUUUUGUGUGUUGUACUUUUACUAGCUGCUGCUUGUUAUUGAAAACAACCGUCUUUUUUUCUCCAUUGGAACUCGACUUUCUUGAGAGGUGAAGAAGAAACCAGAAAAAAAAAAGAUCCUUUUUUUUUAAUCAAACAAGAAAUGUAUGCUGAGACUGGCCUAAUGUUCCCUUAUUUUCAGAACUUCUCAUCUGAUGUUCAACAAUUUGAUGAUUUCUGUCACUCACAGAAGCCCAUUAUUUGCUUGGAUAGUCUGGUUCAGACCUCUACCAUAUCAGAUUAUGAUCUUGGGGGUGAAGGAGAUCUUUUCAAAGCACCAGAACCGAUAAUCGAACAACCAUUCGUUAGCCUUGCUCCCAUGACAUCUGCUAUGUCAAUGAUCUCUUGUGGAGAAGACCCCAUUUCCAUUUCCCCCCAGGAACUCAAGGUUACAGAUAUCGAAUCGCUUCAGAACGAGGAAUUACUGAAUGAUGUUUUCUAUGAAUGCAAAAAUAUCUUGGCAAAAGAAGUAGCAACUGGAUCAUCACCAUUGUCUGAAGUUCUAAGCUUCAAUUUCCCAGUUACAACAGAUGAAAACCCCAUUGCAAAGGAAAAUGUUCAUCCAUUGUGUCAAAUCCCAAAAAGCAUGAGCUAUGACAGUCUGAAUUCAAGAGAUUGGGUUAAUGGGACUCAAAUAAAGCCCAAUUUUCUGGAUUUCAGUGAACUAGAUUUUGGGAAUGCUUAUGGUAUGCGAAGGGCUUUCAGUGAUGGAGACAUAAAGACCCUUGCUGAUGCUAACCCAAGCCUCAUUCAUUAUCCCCUUGGGCAGCCGCAGCUGAUCAGUGAGCGCACCACUAAAGAACGCAUGCAAAAGCUCUCAAGAUACAGGAAUAAGAAAACAAAGAGGAAUUUUGGCAGAAAAAUCAAGUAUGCUUGCAGGAAGGCUUUGGCAGACAGUCAGCCAAGGAUCAGAGGAAGGUUUGCCAAGACUGAUGAAUCUGACAUGUUGAGAAAGUAAUAUGUAGAAGAAAUCAUAGAAAUCUAGACCUGAUGAAGCAGAUAGAAGAAAAUAUGAAUGGUAGCUUACAAUUUGGCAGAGGCCCACCCCCGCCGUAGGUCAAAGUCAAAGCAAGCAGGUUUUGCUAAAUAAGGUAGGAGGCCCGAUAUAUAUAUAUAAGCAGCAAAACCUUUUAUGAUCUGUUAGUAAAUGUAAUAAUAAUCUUUCUUUCAUAAACCCCCAAAUCUUGAACUUGUGUUGUAUAUAAAGUAUGUUGUUGAAUAACGAUCACUACUUGUGUUAUAUACUGUGUUUUCGGAGC